CUGAUAUUGGUCUAGCUGUUUGAAUUACAAUUAAAGGUCUGCGUUUGACCCUUCAGGUAUUCAAUCCCGUAUAAUCAUCUAUUAAAAUGGAUCUGCGUUGUGUGGCCUGGUUGUGCAGCAUCAUCUGCUUUGCGCAUAUUUAUUCACUUCCAACAAACUGCAUGCUUCAGAAGCACUUAAUAAAGACAUCAUUUACUCUUCUGGAUACUAUGGGGGGUCUUUUUCCUGAGCAAUGCCUGGAGGACGAUGUUAAAAUUAAUUUCCCUCAAAAUGUUUUCGAGGCAAACAAUGCGCAACAGGUUGGUGGUGUUGAAAAGGCCAUUUACCAAACACUGCAGAAUAUUGAAGCUUUGUUUCAGAAUGAUGGUAUUCCCAACGAGUGGAAUGAAAAGAAGUUGGAUGGUUUUUUACACACCAUAUAUCGCCAGAUCGAUCACAGCAAAUGCAUCCUGGGCAAACCUGAAGCUGGACAACAUUCUCUUGAAAGAGAUGCAGCGCUCAAAAUUUAUUUUGAGACCAUAUCCGCAAAUAUGAAGCAAAAGGAUUUCAGUUACUGCGCAUGGGAAGUCGUGAGAAAGGAGAUUCUGCGCACCCUUGACUUCAUAUUAAAACACAACACAGACAUCAUGCUAUGA